UUUCCGGCCAGGCUGGUAACGGGCCUGCGUGGGGGGAGGAGCCGGGCGGGGGCCGGAGGGGCCGAGCCGAGCCGGUGGCGCGCGUCUCUGCGCGGGGAUGGCGCUGUGGCCGCCGCGCUCCCGGGGUCUCCGCGCGGGGGAGGGGCAGGAGCCGGACCCGCCCUGCGCGCCCCGCCCGCCGGACCCGCAGAUAUAUGGCCAUGGGAUUGAAUUGGCUUGCCAAAAACAAAAGGAGUUUGUGAAGAGCUCUGUGGAAUGCAAAUGGAAUUUAGCAGAAGCCCAGCAGAAACUUGGUAGUUUAGCACUGCAUAACUCUGAGUCCCUGGAUCAGGAACAUGCCAAAGCACAGACUGAUGCUUCAGAAUUGAGACAGAGGGAGGAAGAAUGGAGACAGAAAGAAGAGGCGCUAAUACAGAGGGAAACACAAAAUCUGUGGAACACAGAUUCUGUUAGCAAGGAUGUAUUUAAUAAGAGUUUUAUUAAUCAAAAGAAAAGAAAAGAAAUAGAAGAUGAAGACAAAUCCAAAUCAUUCAUGCAGAAACAUGAACAAAAAAUUAGACAUUUUGGCAUGCUAAGCAGAUGGGAUGAUAGCCAGAGAUUUUUGUCUGACCAUCCAUACCUUGUAUGUGAAGAUACAGCUAAAUAUCUCCUCUUAUGGUGUUUUCACCUAGAAGCAGAACAGAAAAGAGCUCUGAUGGAACAAGUAGCACACCAAGCAGUUGUUAUGCAGUUUAUUAUAGAAAUGGCUAAAAGUUGUAAUGUGGAUCCCAGAGGCUGUUUUCGUCUAUUUUUCCAAAGAGCAAAAGCAGAAGAAGAAGGUUAUUUUGAGGCUUUUAAAAAUGAACUCGAAGCAUUUAAAUCAAGAGUGAAAAUCUCUUCACAAUCACAAAGUUUUCAGGCUAUGUCAGUUCAGAAUCCCAUUGCUCAUACUGGUCUCAGUUCCUUAGGCGUGUUGGAGUUUUUGCCACAGACUGCAGACUCUCUUCAAAGCUGCGUAAACACAGGUCUCUUUAAUUUAAACUCAUUGGUACACCGAGAUGAUGAGGAACCCAAAAUGAUGGACACAAUAUAGUACUGUUAAGACUGAGGCCAAGUACUUUUAUUACAAAGAAAAGAAUGUGGCUCUUUUCUUGACACUUACUUUUCUGGGUGCUGCACUUUAUUUUUUGCGUUUGUUUUUUGGAAGGAGGGUAAUCCAGAAACACAUUUGUCAUUUUGUUUGAAAAUGUGCUGCUAGAUUUUUGGUUCCCUUUUAGGAGAGGUGUUCUCAUAUGUUACCGAAUGUGAAACUGGAUGUUGUUUCUGCUACUUAAACUUACCUUUAUUCUUAAUUUUAGGAAUCAAAGUAUGACAAACAAAUCUGCACAAAUACAAUGUUUACGAGAAAUGGUUGAUUCUAGUUGGAAUCUGCUAUAAUCUUUUAUUAUGGACAUGGACGUGUCUUGCUCUAUAAAUACUAAAGAUCACAAUUGUACUCAUGCUAUACUGCUGACAUAGUAAGCACUCAAAUCCAAUUUUAUCAUAUUAAUAGCAAUAAAUCAAAAGCUGAUAUCAACUUGGAGGCUCAGAUUAAAGCAGUGGGGUUUUUUUUUCCCCUCUACUACAGGGAUUAAAAUGUUACUUUAUGCUUUCAGACAAAGGACUUAUUUCUGAUUGUCAAGUUAUGUACAUUUUAGAGACAAAAUGUAUAAUUGCUUAGUGGGUUUUGAGCCACAUUUCUAGCAGCAUGGUCACUAAGAAGCUGAUUCUUCUGUCUAACAUUUAGUGUUAACUUAAAAUAUUACAGUUGCAUUACAAAGAUCCAGUGUGAAUAAAUAUUUUGGGUGUGGGAGAUUGAGGGUGGGGGAAACAACUUCAGGAUAAGAUUGUACUGCAGCCAGGCUCUCUCCUUCAUACCAGUAACGAAGAAAGCCUGAGUGCCAAAGACUGACUGAAUAGUAUUGAUUUAUAAUUCAGAUUUGUUAUGGUAUUUCAGGCUUUCCUCAGUUUAAAAGGAAAAGAGUUCUGUUUCAAUAUCAGCUGAAUGAUUGAUGCCAAGUGGUUAACUGCUGAGAGUAACAAUAUAUAAGGUGGUAUCUUAAGAGCCCUCUGCUUUAGAGCUCUGCAAAGGUCAAACUCUUUAAUAUUUCCAGAAUUUUGCCAUAAUGGUCUUUGCAAUCCAAAACUGCUAUUAAGCUUUCCUAAUUGUGUUCAAUAGUUUUUUCACCUGUGUACACAGCCUCUAUGUAUCUGGGCUGUUUCAGUGUAGGACUGACCCUCCCUGAUACCAAAGUAGAAAUGCCUAGAUAUUUUCUCAUUUUACAGCGAAGCAGCAAAGUAUUAGUUUGUAUAUACUUGAGUCACAUUCUCUACUGCUUACUAACCCCUUUGCAUUGCUUAAGUGGCUGGAAAGCAGCCAGAUUUCCUCAGCCUACAGAAUACCCAGGCUGGUGCAGAACUAGCAUUGCUGGUCAGCUUCCUCUGCAAUCCCUCUGUAGGCGAGUGCAGAGUGAAGGGAGCAAGUUUGAAGAACUACUGUGAUUUGGCUUUUCUUUGCUGGUGGAUGGCCACAGGCAGUAGUUGUACCUUGGAGUGGCCCCUAGUCUAUUCUAAGGCAUGCAAGGGCCAGUGUUGGCACAGAACUAGUGCCAGAAACGGAACUGCAACCACUUCUUCUCUGGUCCCCCUCUCCUCCCCCGGUGGCCAGCAUAAUCUGGGCCUUUCUCUCCAUGUUCUGUGAGGAGCAGGCUAGUCACAUGCUUGGUUAUAGAGAACCAUAAAAGAAGAAAUGCUCUUAAGUACUACAGAAGCCUUAUGGAUGGGAAUUUAGGGGUGAGAACAGUCAAGCUUCAAAAACAUUUGCUGGAACUUCAUUGAAAUGUCUGUCAGCUACUAGCAUGAGGGGGCUGAUCUGUGUUUCUGAUAUGGUUGAGAUACAGAAACUUUAGUGGCACAUUCUAAUUUUAGGUUCCCAGUACACCAGGCUAAACACUUGUGAUCCCUCUAGCAGUCCCUUACUGAGAGAAGAUAACAGCUCUGAGUGGGCUCUAGCUAAAAGCUGCAGAGAACAUAAGAGUAUAUUCUCCAAUACUGUAAAAACCUGUUGUAGCUGUGUAGUGUCAGUGGAAUACAGUGAGGGAAAGAUUGCAAAAGGGCAUGUAAUUUCUCUUAUCACUAACUUCCCCCUCAGAAUGACCACACAGUAUGAGAAGUGACCUAGCUAUGCACUAAUUCAUCUCCUAAACACAGUUCCAUCUGCAGGUGCCUGUUGCUCUGGUAUCUAAGCCCUGAGGUUGUUGCAGGCAUGUGAAGGACAGAACACACUUCUGAUAAAAACCUCAGGACCAUCUGAGAAAGAGCAGCCAAUAUCCUGUUCUUAUGGAAAGUGAAGAAACUUGUAUUUAGGCUAGUGCAAAGGUGGGGAGAGCUGUUGCUUUUUGUCUGGAAAUGGUCCAGAAACCCCAGUAAUGCUGGUGUCAAAUGGAAGUAUAGAACAAAUCCAGGUUUUGUAUGGGAAUGCUAAGGCAACUGUCCAAAGUCUCCAAGGAAUAUGUGUAUGUCUAGAGGUGUCUCCAAGGACAUAAAGGCUGGUGUCUGCAAAAUUUUUGUGUCAUCCUUUUUUUUGUUUGUUUAGAAAAGGACCCAAACUGAACAGUAUCUACCUCAAUAGCCUUACACUUACAACAAAUGAAAAUCUUUCCAAAUUCCUCAGAUGCUUUUCUUGGAAUGUGUCAGUACUGGUGGUGUUAAUACUUUGGAGUAAAAACCCUACUGUAAAGUAUUUUAACUAUGCUGGCACUACUAGUUGAUGACCUGUUUGUUGGAUCAAUACCAUAGAGGAGUGAUGCCCUCAGCAGCAUGCUCUGCUGCCAGUUAUACCAGGUCCAUAAAGUUUAACUAUCUGGAUGUGAUGAUUACAUUGAUUUCUGUACCUAGAUCUUGCUGACCAGUUUCUGAAGAAGUGGGAUUGAGGGAAAUGAAAUCAGCAGAGUCUGUAAAGCUGAAAAAAAUGGGUAUGAGUUCCUUGUAAAGACUAGCAGUAGCUACAAAAAUCUGGACUGCUUGGUAUUUGAAAGAGCCAAGCUUUCAGAGGGCUGUUGACCUCAGCCAUCGAAGUCCAGUGUGGAAUGGUAAUGAGGCUGGUUCCUUACCACCAAAAUAUGCAAUGUACUCAUCUCUAUUAAUUUUAUGGGAGAGACUAUUACCCUACUGUUUUAAUCUCUGCUCUAUAACCUCAUUCAUUGAGGAUUAAAGUUACUCUACCACACCAAAUGUGGUUUUGUUUCCAGUGGGACUCUUCUAGGUGCAACUAGGUAGUCAGAAUUUUGUUCAUGUUGUAACUUAGUGGAGUGAAAUAGCAAAAAGGUCAGUUUUGUAACUUUAAAUGUGGAUAAAUAAAGGCUUCAAGAUAGCUUGACAAAACAUAGCUAACAUGUUUAAUCAAAGAAGCUUGAAUACUCUUGUGGCAAGAUUCUCCCCCACUGGUUUGGAAACGAGAUUUAAUUUUCUGUAAUAAAUCGUUUUAUUGUA